AUGGCUGACGCAGAAGCUGCUCCCGCCUGCCAUGGCCCUCGCUCCGAGCCCUUUGAGACUGGAAGCGGCUCCAUUGGCCUUCGAAUCGGCGCCAUCUUCAUCCUCCUCGCCUCUUCCGCGCUCACGACGCUGUUCCCCAUCGUCACAAGGCGCGUCCCCCGCCUCACCAUCCCGUCGUCGGCAUUCGACUUUGCCAAGUACUUUGGCAGCGGUGUCAUUAUCGCUACCGCCUUCAUGCACUUGCUUGAGCCGGGAGCCGAUGAGCUUGCCAGCCCCUGCCUCAACGAGAACUUCCAGGAGUACCCCUUUGCCUUUGCUUUUGCCAUGAUCUCGCUCUUCGUCACCUUCUUCGUCGAGCUCCUCGCCUUCCGCGUUGGAUCCAAGAUCGCUCAGCGCCUCGCCUACGACCCCCACCAGGGUGGCCACCACCAUGCCAACGCUCACGGCCACGACGCCCAGGCUGUGAACGGUGGCUCUAGCCCCACGGCCGCCAUGACCGCAAAGGGCAGCGAGGAGGACGUCAACUCCGUCGAGAAGGGCUUCACAAAGGACCAGCCCCUCUCAGCCGCCGCUUCUGAGAUUCUCGGUGUCGCUAUCCUCGAGUUCGGUGUCAUUUUCCACUCGGUCAUCAUCGGCAUUACGCUCGGCACCACGAGCGACUUCAAGAUCCUCUUCAUCGUCAUCAUCUUCCACCAGAUGUUUGAAGGUCUCGGUCUCGGUGCUCGUCUUUCGCUCCUCCCGCUCGCGCCCAAGUCGCUCAUCCCCUACAUUGGAGCAAUUGCCUACGCACUCGUUACCCCCAUUGGCCUCGCCAUUGGUCUCGGCGUUCGCAACACCUACAAUGAGGAGAGCGCCACGGCCAACUACGUCACUGGUAUCUUCGACUCGGUCUCGGCUGGUAUUCUCCUUUACACCGGUCUCGUCGAGCUCCUCGCCCACGAGUUCAUCUUCAACGAGAAGAUGCGCACCGCUCCCCUGGGCAAGGUCGUCCUCAACGUCAUUGAGAUGUUCAUCGGCGCAGGCCUCAUGGCCCUCCUCGCCAAGUGGGCCUAA